AUGAAAAAGAAACUAGGACUUCAUAAAUUUACUCCGGGCCAAGAGUAUAUUUUUACAACCAGUUCUUGGUCUCCAACCAAGCAAUCACAGGAUGAACAUAUCCACAAGCGUGCAGAAGAGUCCAAGAUGUUGGAAGAUUACUACCGGAAGCAGAAAAAACUUCUUAAUUUUGAAGUCGCAGGUGGAGCGGGAGAAACCUGGAAGGGGCUUCUGGCUGCACUACAUCUCCAGCAUAUUAAUGCUUUUAGUUCGUCUCAGAAAUUGACUGCUUGA